AUGUCGGCUGAACCUAAUACCUUCCAGGUGCAGUUGCUGUCCGUGAACAGCCACGCGACCCUCCGCUCCGAGAGCGCAGCUAUUGCUCGCAAGCUGGGCCUGGUGGAGCACGACGAGGGGCCGGCUCCGCCGUUGCAGUUCUGCCUUGGUGAGGAGACGCUCCAGGACACAACAGAAACUGCCGGCCUGAAGGGCAAAGUGAUCAACGUGGUGCCCAACUAUGAACUGUUGAGGCAGAAAAUCCAGCAAAUCCAGCGACACGCGUUCAAGAUGAUUCAUGAGCUUGCCAACGGCACGAUGUGGGCAGGGCAGAAUGUGGCAGCCACGCGCCUGCGUGCCGCGAAGGUCAUCAAGCGGCUGGCGCACGUGAUCCUCCGUCCGCGGGAUUCGGAUCUUCAGGAACUGCGGCAGCUGCGAGCUGACGUGCCAGACAACGGUUGGGCCGACAAAGAGGCACUUCAGGACGUCUUGCAGAUCUCGGAUCCGAUGGCCCAUGCCACAUCUGCGCCUGCGUUGGAAGACGCUCAGCUGGCUGCCCGGAAGAUCCUGCUGUGCUUGCGGCGCUUGAAGCGAGGGUACAAGGACAGCCACGUCACCUUUGUUCCGAAACGGGAGGUGCACUUCUCGGACACUUGGCAAAGGGACUUGCAGACGCUGAUAACGCUGGUAGGGCAACCUCCUGGCACCGUUGCUGUGCGGGACAGAUACGGACGAGUGCUGGCUGAUGGCGAGCCGGAAGGCCAUGAUUGCUUCCCCCUGUGCGUCCUGGACGUCGGAGCGGACGAGAGCAUCUCCGAGGUCAGCGAGUCGUCCGAUCAGGACGAGGUGGGCGACGCGGACGCCCCGCCGCGCAAGACGGGGGAGCGCCAGGCGGACCAGGAUGGGCGGGCAGCCUCAGAGUCCUACGCCACGAGCUGCCCCACGGACCCGACCAGGAACUCCGUUCUGAAAGCCCAGGCCCCGCCCGGCGCUGCCCCUUCCACGGGGUUGCCUGCGGAAUUGGCAUUGGAGACGGAGCAGGAGCAGAACCUCGAGGAGUUCCAAGUUGUACGCCGACAGCUCCUAGAAGUUCUGGCCAGUUCGGCCGAGCCCGUUUGCCCAUCUUGCCAUGGCGAGAUGAGGCCGCCUGAAGAGUCGCCUGAGAGCGGCCGCCGCUUUUGUGAUGAGUGUGGCGAGGUACUGGGACAUGAACUCUCCGGGCUUUGGUGCAGAGGGUGCAACGUCGACUUUUGCAAUCCGCAAAGGUUCGGCAGCGGCCCCAGCCCUUGGGGACUGCGAGAGCCACAUCGAGUCGGCAAUACGUGUGUGGCUUUUCAGCUGAAAGGUUCAUGA